CCCAGAGGGUGUUGUGCAGUGGCUGAGACAGACUGGCUGAACUCUGUGACCUCAGGGACAUUUCUACUGCUGGGUGGGAGGGCUAGUCUAUACAGAGGUGAUUCACUCUGUGCUGAUUUUUGAGGUGACAGACCUGCGCUCCCCAAACAGCCUCUGUGUGACACAGUUAACCAUCACUCAGUUACCUCACAGCUGACUCCUGCCCUGGGAACAUUCAUACUUGCCUCUCCUCACAGACUAGCCGCAAAGCAUCAUGGGACAUGAGGAACGGGAGAUGAUGGAGGUUGACCGGGAGGCAGCAGGAAAGAAACCGAUCGGGGAGGGGCAGAGAGAGACCUGGGUGGGCAAACUUGACUUUGUCCUGUCCUGCAUUGGCUACGGCGUUGGAAUUGGAGACCUUCUGCGUUUCCCUUAUGUUUUUAUCAAGAAUGGUGGAGGGGCAUUUCUCAUCCCUUUCCUCAUCUUCAUGGUGCUCUGUGGAUUCCCGCUCUUCUACCUGGAGGUGGCCAUUGGUCAGUUCUCAAGCCUCAGUUGUUUGGCUGUCUGGCGGAUAUGCCCUCUCCUGAAGGGCAUUGGCUAUGGGAUGGUAAUCGUCUCUGGCAUCCUCAGUCUCUACUACAUCAUGAUGAUUGUCUGGACAAUGUAUUUUCUCGUCAUGUCCUGCAUGCCUGAGCUGCCCUGGGCAAGCUGUGACAACCCAUUCAACACGGACUUGUGCAUCCUGAGCCGAAAAAAGAAUGGCACAACACCUGCCCCUGGCCUGUUGAAUUCAUCCAUGACAAAUAUCAGCCUGGCUUCCACCCUGGGACCUGUGACAGAUGACAGGACCCUGUACACCAACUCGUCGCUGUAUAGCACUACCACCCUGGCACCUAGUCACUACAGAACUGCUGCUGAAGAAUUUUGGGAACGAGGUGUAUUAGAACUGUCCUCGGGUAUUGAUGACCUUGGCUACCCCAGAUGGCAGCUUGUCCUGUGUCUCUUCGUCUCUUGGGGUGUGGUCUUCCUCUGCCUUGUCAAAGGUAUCAGAACUUCGGGCAGGGUGGUGUAUGUGACAGUACUAGCCCCGUAUGUCCUGCUCACCAUUUUUCUGGUGCGUGCUGCGACCUUACCUGGUGCUGGUGCGGGUGUCCUCUACUUCCUUACACCAGAGUGGAAUAGACUGGCUAACAUACAGGUGUGGCUGGAGGCAGCUAUCCAGGUGUUCUUCUCAUUAGGGCCGGCAUGGGGAGGUCUCAUCACCAUGUCCAGUUACAACAAAUUCAAACACAACUGUUUCAGGGACGCUGUUGUGACCACAGCUGCGGACUGUUUUACUGGUCUGUUUGGAGGCCUUGUCAUUUCCUGUGUACUGGGCUUCAUGGCUCAUGAGGCUGGUAAAGACAUUUCUGAGGUGGUUAUAUCAGAUCCGGGUGUGGCAUUAGUGGUGUACCCUGAAACCAUCAGUAAGCUUCCACUCCCUCAACUCUGGGCCUUCCUCUUCUUCCUCACCCUGAUAUUUCUGGGAUUGGAUAGUGAGUUUGGCAUGUUUGAAUCCUUGUGUAGUGGACUCUGCGAUGAAUUCCCUAGGGUUUUCCAUGGCAAGAAGAGAUUGGUCACAGGUGUUCUGGCUAUUUUUGCAUUUAUCCUUGGAUUACCAUUUACCACUCAGGGUGGCAUGUAUGUGUAUCAAAUACUGGACUGGUAUGCGGGAACUUUCUGUGUUCUCACCAUAGCCUUGCUGGAGUGCAUCAUUGUUGGCUGGAUAUAUGGUGCAGGCUACUUCUCUGAGGAUAUUAACCAGAUGUCUGGUAAGAGACCGUCACUGUUUCUCAGGCUCUGCUGGGUGGUCAUCACUCCCGCUCUCUUACUGGGUGCUUUGAUAUUCACCGUGGUUGUGUACAAACCUCCCACGCUGGGGGAAUACCAUUACCCUGGCUGGGCCAUCACUGUAGGCGUGCUUAUCUCCCUUGUCUCUGUUAUCCCAAUACCCGCUGUCUUGAUCUGGAAUGUGGUUAAAGCACGUGGCAGCUUUUGUCAGCGGUUCCGACAUUUACUACGGCCUGAUGAGAGCUGGGGACCAAUGGAAGAGAAGAUGAGAGAGAAUUACAUAGAGAGGCGGACUCAGUUGAGGGACAGGGGCUGGAUGUUCCGUUUGUUUGGUCUCCACCGGCGUGGGAAUGCCCACGGGGUAGAGUCAGAACCAGCUCUGCAUCCAGAAUCAUGACAUAGAAGGAAAUAGGCUUGAUGUAGUUUGAUAUUUGUCAUUAUGUUGGUUUUUGUCUGUGUGUGUGUGAGUGUGUGUUUGGCUAGACACUGUAUAAAUGCAGAAAUGAGGUGUGUCACUCUGCAUGGCAUGAAUUGUCUGAGUAAGUCAAAUGUAGUUAUGUUGAAUUCUACCUGUGACUAUUAAACCGUGGCCGAGGUGGUUAGCCUUCCAGCACAACUCAUUUGACCCAGGAGCCUGUGGUUGCUGUGACUUCAAGUCCAGCUCAUGCUGGCUUCCUCUCCCGCCGUACGUGGGAAGUUCUGUCAGCAACCUGUAGAAGGGUAUGGGGUUUGCAUGGGCUUUGCCCAGUUUCCUUCAACCAUCAUGCUGGCUACUGCGGUGAAAUACUCUUGAGUGUGGCAUAAAACACCAAUCAAAUAAAUAAAUAUAUUUAAACAGGCGGUUGAGUAUGGUGACAAGCAACAAUGAAAUAAGUGAACAGACUUUCUUUCAGUGAAGAGAAAAGGUAACCAGUCUAAAAUAUGUGUAUGUUAUUUCAGAUAAGGUUUCAAAAGACAGUGAAGUGAUGAUCACUGUUUAUACAAUUAAACCAAUUUACAGGCUGUGUACAUUUGGAUGAAUCAAAACAUCUGACCAUUGAAACAGUAUUUGUAUAA